AUGAACAACAACUCUGAGGUCGUGUUCGUGCUCGAGGGUCUAAAUGACUCGCUGACAAACCGCCACAUGUUCUUCGCCUUCGCCCUCAUGUCGUACCUAUUCACCAUCUUUGUGAACCUGACGCUCAUCGUCACCGUGUGUCUGGAGAAGACGCUCCACGAGCCGCUCUACAUCUUCCUGUGCAACCUUUGUUUCAACGGGCUCUUCGGAGCGUCCAGCUUCUACCCCAAGCUGCUCCACGACCUCCUGGCCGACGCCCACGUCAUCUCGUACGCCGGCUGCCUGUCUCAGAUAUGCGUGGUUUAUUUUUACGUUUUCUGCGAGUUCACCAGUCUGACCGUCAUGGCGUACGACCGCUACCUGGCCAUCUGCAGGCCGCUGCAGUACCGCACGCUGAUGCCGGUGCAGCGCGUGGCCCAGCUGCUGCUGCUCACCUGGUGCUUCUCGCUGCUGGAGACGGUGGUCGGCACGCUGCUGACCGCCAGCCUGCCCAUCUGCGGGCGCCACAUCAAGAAGAUCUUCUGCACCAACUGGGCCGUGGUGAAGCUGUCGUGCUCCGACACGACCGUCAACAGCAUCUACGGCCUCGUGAUCACGUUCUCGCACAUGUUGCAGCUCGCACUGAUCCUGGUGUCGUACACGCACCUGGUCCGAGCCUCGCGGACGCUGAACUUUGACCGCAGGAAGUUCAUGCAGACGUGCGUGCCGCACCUCGCCACGCUGCUCACCUUCACCUUCUCGCUGUUGUUCGACACCAUGGUCACUCGUUACGGCGGCGGCGGCGGCGAAACGCUGCAGGUGCUGCAGAACCUGAUGGCGGCAGAGUCCCUGGUGGUCCCGCCCCUCAUUAACCCCAUCAUCUACGGCAUCAACCUGCACCAGAUCAGGUCCAGGAUCCUCCACAACUUCAGCCACAAAGCAGAGAUCCACAAAGCACACACAUGA